GUCCCCCCCCUCCAGCUCUUCCACCAGCAGCCAGAGAGAAAAAGUCUCUCUGAGCUCUGAUGCGCCUUUCAGAGGGCGUGGGGAGUCUCCCCAAAAGGCUGAGCCGCCAAUAAAAGCCAUCCUGGAGGACUUCUACGUAUUCCCCACAGAGCAUAGCUGCCAACCAUCGGUACCUCCCUGCUUCUGCCCACCUCCUCCCCGCUCACUGCGCCCUCAGCACCCACCCCUGUAUGCAGGGGAACCACCUCUCCCACUCUCUUCUGAGCUUCCUCUGGCCCUCCGCCAGGACUCCCAGCCCGCCCCUGCUGUACCUUCACCUGCAGCCAGCGGUGCCCAGCUGCGCUCAGGGGUUCCACGCAAGACACGGGUCCAGACGGACAGACGGCACCAAGCCUCCAUCCUCUGCCACUGCUGGAGACAGCUCCUCUCAGACCACAUGGCCACUACUGGAAAAGUUAUCCGAUGCAGAGCUGCAGUUGCCUGGGCAGCGGGCAAAUCACUCUCUGUUGAGGAGAUAGAGGUUGCACCUCCAAAGGCACACGAAGUGCGUGUCAAGAUUGUGGCUACAGGAAUCUGUCGCACAGAUGACCAUGUUCUUGAAGGUACAUUUCCUGAUCUAGAAUUCCCAGUCAUCCUAGGCCAUGAAGGAACUGGGAUUGUGGAGAGCAUUGGAGAAGGAGUGACUUCUGUGAAACCAGGAGACAAAGUCAUUCUCUUUCCACUUCCUCAGUGUGGAGAAUGCAGCUUCUGCUUGAAUCCUGACUCCAACUACUGCCUGAAAUCACACCUCACUGAACCACAAAACCUGCUGCCUGACAAGACCAGCAGAUUCACUUGCAAAGGGAAACGGAUCCAUCACUUCCUCUGGAACAGCACCUUUGCAGAAUACACUGUUGUGCCUGAGUACACCCAAUGUGCUUGCCUGUCCCAUCAGAUUGCUGCCCUGGCCUCUUGCAAUAUGAGCACUGGAGUCUGUGUGAUGAUUGGGGAACCACCUGCUGGUUCAACAGUUCCCAUUGAUCCAUUCCUUCUACUAAGUGGGCGCACCUGUAAAGGGAUUCUGCUUGGAGGCUGGAAAAUGAGAGACUCUAUCCCCAAAUUAAUUGCCAGCUAUUUGGAGAAGAAAUUUAACUCUGACUUGCUGAUCACACACACGCUGCCAUUUGCUAAAAUCAACGAGGGAUUUGAAUUGCUACGUGCAGGCAAAAGCAUUCGCAGCGUGCUGCUCUUCUGAAGGAUGCGAUCGGGGCAGCACGAGUGCAGCACACAGCCCAGCAGAUGCCCUCCUGUGCGGGCCCUUCCCUCCCCCGUCGCCCUUCAUGGACUGCAAAGACAGAAGCACAAGGAACUUGUCAGCUGUGCUGCAGCUGCCAGCGCUCCUGCGCCCACCCUCUCCUGAGAAAACAGUUAUAUAAAUAAAGGCUGUCUCACAAACUC